CCAUACAGCGACACCCCACCGCACCGCGAGCCACUCCGCACGCGCACCAACCCUCUCGGCCUCUCCGCUCCGCUCCCCACGGCCUCCACCCCCCCGACUCCUCCGCGGUCCAGUGCUCCAGUCACCUCCGCUUCUCGCUCCCCGUCUCGUCGCUUUCCCCUCUCCCCCGCCCGGGCGCCGCGGCCGCCCGACCAGGCCUCGGGAGGCCCCUUCCGAUCCCACUUCCGCCGCCGACGUCGGAGCCGGCGGGCCGUAGGAGAGCUUGGAGAAUGCUUUACUGCUAUCGUUGAUGGUAGGCUUGGUUUUCCACGACCACCUGGAAAUUUUGUUCAAGCUCCGUAGCUAGUAGCAACCAUUUUUUUUUUGUCCAGGGGGACUACUGGACAACUUUCUGAGUUUCCAGUGAAUUAUGGGUGGAUUCUGCUGUUGCUUCAGUACUGAAGAUUUUGAGGAAUAUGUCCAUCCAAGCAACCCUAUCUAUAGGCAAUGCAUAUCCUUGAGGCAUUUUUUCCACAACAUUUUUGGCGGGUAUACUGCAACAUUCCAGAGGCUUGAGUCUAGGCCGAGCAACCCAGCCCAAGGGGCUGCUUCAUUGGGAUCCACUAAUCCAAGUGCCAGCCUAAAUGACAAUUCACUGGAUGAAACUUAUCGCCUUGUUUCUAGACCACCCCCAUAUGAUACUGAUCCUAGAUAUGCCCGUGUUCAAAGAGAAGGCUUGGUAUCAAGGCGUGAGAAAUCCAUAAAUCUCGCACAGGAAGAGUCACUAGCCCUUAGACGCAACGCAAGCAGCUCAGGUAUUGAGCAUUUAGCUGCUCAGAAGAAACGGAGCAGCACUGAAAAUGAGGGUGAAUAUAAGGUCCAUCGUUCUGAAUCAACCAAGAGUUUGUCUGCAAAAGCUUAUAACAGCAGCUAUGCAGCUGUCGGUUCAGAAGAUGAGGAUGUCUGCCCUACUUGUCUGGAAGAAUAUACCCCGGACAAUCCGAAAAUUAUAACAAAAUGUUGUCACCAUUUUCAUCUUGGUUGUAUUUAUGAAUGGAUGGAGAGAAGUGAUACAUGUCCAAUGUGUGGAAAGGAAAUGGAGUUUUGCGAGAGCCCAUGAUAGACAUUUGUUUUACAUGAUCUCACAUCAGAGGAAGGGAAAUGGUCUACAGUAUGGAAUGCUGGGGAAUUGUAAAUAAUAGUAAUGAGCCGUCCAAAUAGAUCUCUUUCGCGAGAUCAGUUUCUUACAUGUACUGAAAUGAUGAUCUAUAUCUUACUAAAAUUCGUGCUGGAAUUUGCUUGCCCAAUCUUUGGUUAUAUUUUCAAAUGGUAGUUCAAGAAUGGAAGCACAGAUUAA